AUGUCCGGAAGAUACGUCAGCGGCUUUGCAGCACCCGGACGACACAACUCGCAGUACAACCACAACCGCAUAUCAGCGGAAAGAACGUGCGGCAACCACUACGUUGCGUCAGCAACGACUACCGCCACAACAGCGGUUGCAACUACCAGCGCAACCACAAACGCCAUCGCAGCGGCUUUGCAACACAAGGACAACACAACUCGCAGUACAACCACAACCGCAUAUCAGCGGAAACAACGUGCGGCAACCACUAACGCCAUCGCAGCGGCUUUGCAACACCCGGACAAUAACCGCCACCGCCUCAGCAGCGGUAACGACCAGCGAGACCACCACAACAUCAGCAACAAUAGCGUGCAGCAACAGCAACAACAGCGCGCAACACCAACAACAACCAGCGCAGCUACCAUAGCGCUACACGAAUCCUGCAACAACAACAACAGCAGGCCCCCACCAAGGCCUGCUGCAACACGUGCGUGA